GGUGCCAAGGGGAAUAUGGUGUUGCAGAACAGUGGGAGGCUGAGACCGGAGAGAGGACAGGCCGCCGAGAACCUUGAUGAUGGCUCUUCCCUUCCCGCACUCAAGCGCCUGGAGCGCAGUCAGUGGACAGAUGAGAUGGAUGCAAGGUUUGGAUUUGACCGCCUCAAAGAUCCCGGCGAGAAGACUGGCUGGCUUAUCAACAUGCACCCAGCAGAAAUCCUGGAUGAAGACAAGAGAAUGAUGAGUGCUGUCGAUUAUUAUUUUGUAGAGGAGGAUGGGAGCAGGUUUAAGGUUGCUCUACCUUUUCAGCCUUAUUUCUAUGUUGCUACAAAAAAGGGCUGUGAACGUGAGGUUUCAUCGUUCUUGUCCAAGAAAUUUCAAGGCAAAAUAAGCAAGAUAUCAACCAUUCCGAAAGAGGACUUGGAUCUUCCCAACCACUUAGUUGGCUUGAAGAGACGCUACAUUAAGCUCGCCUUUAAUACAGUUGAUGACCUGAUAAAGGUCCGAAAGGAGAUUUCACCAGCUGUAAGGAAAAACAAAGAGAGGGAGAAAUCAAAUGAUGCCUAUACUGUUAUGUUAUCCAGUGCCUUGGCUGGGGACAGUGUAACUGAAGGGGAAGGAACAUCCAAAAAAAUUUCUGAUCAAAUGGAAAACAUAAUUGACAUCCGCGAAUACGAUGUACCCUAUCAUGUUCGAGUAUCUAUUGAUCUGAAGAUUCAGGUGGCACAUUGGUACAAUAUACGAAUUCGUGGUGGUGUCUAUCCUCCUGAAAUCAUACGUAGGGACGAUUUGGUUGAGCGACCAGACCCUGUUAUUUUGGCUUUUGACAUUGAAACAACAAAAUUGCCAUUGAAAUUUCCAGAUGCCGAGAACGAUCAGAUCAUGAUGAUUUCCUACAUGAUUGAUGGACAGGGCUAUUUGAUUACAAACAGGGAAAUUGUGUCUGAAGAUAUUGAGGAUUUUGAGUUUACGCCAAAGCCAGAAUAUGAGGGCCCUUUUUGUGUAUUUAAUGAACCAGAUGAGGCGAGCUUAAUUCGGAAAUGGUUUGAACACAUCCAGGAAACUAAACCUAACAUUCUUGUGACGUAUAACGGUGACUCAUUUGAUUGGCCAUUUGUGGAGACACGAGCUGCGGUGCAUGGUUUGAACAUGUACAAAGAGAUUGGUUUUCAGAAGGACAGUCAGGGCGAGUUCAAAGCUAGUCAGAGCAUUCACAUGGACUGCUACAGGUGGGUGAAGCGAGACAGUUACCUCCCUGUGGGCAGUCAGAACUUGAAAGCUGCGGCUAAGGCCAAACUGGGAUAUGACCCUGUGGAGUUGGACCCUGAAGAUAUGUGUCGAAUGGCCACUGAGGAACCACAGACUUUAGCCACAUAUUCGGUCUCUGAUGCUGUGGCUACCUAUUAUAUGUACAUGAAGUAUGUGCACCCCUUCAUUUUUGCCUUGUGUACGAUCAUCCCUAUGGAACCUGAUGAGGUGCUACGAAAAGGAUCUGGAACACUUUGUGAGGCACUCCUGAUGGUGCAGGCUUUUCACGCCAACAUAAUCUUCCCAAACAAGCAAGAACAAGUCUUCAAUAAGCUAACAAAUGAUGGUCACGUGCUUGAUUCGGAGACUUACGUAGGGGGACACGUGGAGGCUUUGGAAUCGGGAGUUUUUCGCAGUGACAUACCAUGCCGAUUUAAAAUGAACCCAGCAGCGUUUGAUUUCUUGCUGCAGAGAGUGGAACACACCAUGCGACAUGCUAUUGAAGAGGAGGAAAAAGUUCCCAUGGAACAGGUUACCAAUUUCCAAGAGGUCUGUGAUGAGAUUAAAAAGAAACUAAACUGUUUGAAGGAAGUCCCCAACAGGAUUGAAUGUCCGCUCAUUUACCACUUGGAUGUUGGGGCAAUGUACCCUAACAUCAUUCUGACCAACCGCUUACAGCCUUCUGCCAUAGUGGACGAAGCCAUCUGUGCAGCCUGUGAUUUCAACAAACCAGGUGCAUACUGCCAGCGCAAGAUGACCUGGACAUGGCGAGGAGAGUUUAUGCCAGCCUCACGCAGUGAGUAUCAUCGGAUUCAACAGCAGCUUGAAUCUGAGAAGUUCCCUCCUGCUUUCCCAAAUGGACAGCCACAAGCUUUCCACGAGCUAUCCCGCGAAGAGCAGGCCAAGUACGAAAAGAAGCGACUGACAGACUAUUGCCGCAAAGCUUACAAGAAAAUCCAUGUCACUAAGGUUGAAGAGCGAGUAACAACAAUUUGCCAACGUGAAAAUUCUUUCUAUGUAGAUACAGUGCGAGCUUUCCGUGACCGGCGGUACGAAUUUAAGGGCUCACACAAGGUUUGGAAGAAAAAACUGUCUGCUGCCAUCGAAUGUGGAGAUGCCACAGAAAUUAAGCGUUGUAAGAACAUGGAGAUCUUGUACGAGUCCCUGCAGCUGGCCCACAAGUGUAUUCUAAACUCCUUCUAUGGCUAUGUCAUGCGUAAAGGGGCUCGUUGGUACUCCAUGGAAAUGGCUGGGAUUGUCUGUCACACUGGAGCUAAUAUCAUCACGCAGGCCAGAGAGUUGAUUGAACAAAUUGGGCGACCCUUAGAGCUGGACACUGAUGGUAUUUGGUGUGUCAUUCCUAAUUCUUUCCCAGAGAACUUUGUCAUCAAGUCAAACAAUCCUAAAAAGCCAAAGAUUACAAUCUCAUACCCUGGUGCAAUGCUUAAUAUCCUGGUGAAGGAGCGAUUUACUAAUGAACAAUAUCAGGAGUUGGUGGACCCUGCAACGCUGACCUAUGUCACCCGCUUAGAAAACAGCAUCUUUUUUGAGGUUGAUGGUCCUUAUCUGGCCAUGAUUCUGCCAGCUUCCAAAGAGGAAGGAAAGAAACUCAAGAAAAGGUAUGCAGUGUUUAAUGAGGACGGUUCACUGGCUGAACUGAAAGGUUUUGAAGUGAAGCGCCGUGGGGAAUUGCAGCUCAUCAAGAUUUUUCAGUCUUCCGUCUUUGAGGCUUUUCUGAAAGGCACCACGCUGGAGGAAGUGUAUGCAUCUGUUGCCAAGGUAGCAGAUUACUGGUUGGACGUACUAUACAGCAAGGCAGCUAACAUGCCUGACUCGGAACUGUUUGAAUUGAUCUCUGAGAAUCGAUCGAUGUCCCGUAAAUUAGAGGAUUAUGGAGAACAAAAGUCUACCUCAAUAAGCACUGCCAAAAGGCUCGCCGAAUUUCUUGGGGAUCAAAUGGUGAAGGAUGCAGGGCUGAGCUGCCGUUUUGUCAUCUCCAAGAAACCAGAGGGGUCCCCAGUUACUGAAAGAGCCAUUCCGUUGGCCAUUUUCCAGGCAGAACCAAGUGUUAAAAAGCACUAUUUAAGGAAAUGGUUGAAGAGUCCUUCUUUACAGGAUUUGGACAUUCGAUUAAUUCUGGACUGGGAUUAUUACAUUGAGCGACUUGGCAGUGCCAUCCAGAAGAUUAUCACCAUCCCUGCAGCUCUUCAGCAGGUGAAGAAUCCAGUUCCACGAGUCCGACAUCCUGACUGGCUUCACAAGAAACUGUUAGAAAAGAAUGAUGUUUACAAACAAAAGAAAAUUAAUGAGCUCUUCACUAAUACUGGAGUCCGACAGGUGACAUCCAAUCAGCGUAUGAUAAAUGACCAGCAAUCAGAGAUUGGUGAUCUGGAAGAUUUUGGUGUCUCCAAACAUAGGGUACAGCCAGCUAUCCCCAUCAGCACAAAGAGAAGGCGUGGAAUGAAUGAAGAGAGCCAGGAGGUAUCUCAAGACCUGGAAUUAACCCAAUCUUGGAGAGAGAUAUUGGGACCUCCACCACCACUGGGAACUACAAAGAGUGAACGGCUAGUGUGGCUGAGAUACCAUAAGAAGAAAUGGGAGCUACAGUCAAAACAGAGGAAGGCCCGCAGAAAGAGGAGAAAGCUUGAUGAUGGUGCACCUGCACCAGGUAGACCAAUUCGAGAUGGUCCCGCAACUAGCCUCAGCAGCUUUUUGCGUCGAACUGCCCGCACCAUUCUAGAUAUGCCAUGGCAAAUUGUACAGAUUGCAGAAACAAGUCAGCCUGGUUUCUUCAAACUGUGGGCUGUUGUUGGUAAUGAUCUACAUUGCAUCAAACUCAACAUCCCUCGAGUGUUCUACGUCAAUCAGCGCAUCCCUAAAGCAGAUGAUAGUGCUGUUUACAAGAAAGUUAACCGUAUCCUUCCUCGCUCCAAUAUUGUUUACAAUCUAUAUGAAUAUUCUGUGCCAGAAGACAUGUACCAGGAGCACAUCAAUGAGAUUAAUGCUGACCUCUCUGCUCCAGACAUUGAGGGAGUCUAUGAAACACAGGUUCCCUUGCUCUUUCGUGCCCUUGUCCAGCUUGGAUGCGUCUGUAUGGUCAAUAGACAGUUAUCGCUCCAUCUUGCAGGACGGGAAGCAGACACCUUUGAAUUGGAACAGCUGGAAAUGCGCUCAUUAGCACAGUUUAAUUAUCUGGAACCAGGCAGCAUCCGACACGUGUACUUCUACCACAAUGCUCAAGGGAAUAAGGCCCUAUUUGGCCUGUUCAUCCCUUCUCAAAGGAAGGCCUCUGUAUUUGUUCUUGACACUGUGCGCAGUAAUCAGAUGCCGAACUUGAAUAACCUGUAUGCAGCUGAGCGCACUGCUAUGCUGGAGAAAUUGCAUGAAGAACUACUGCCACCUGAUAAGCACACAUUUGAAGUUCGGGCAGAAAAGGACCCAAAGUUAGUCUACAGAGCAAUUCAGCGGCUUUUGCUGAGCUAUAAGGAUGAAAAAAGAGGCCCAACUCUUAUUGCUGUACAAUCAAAGUGGGACCUGAAGAGACUGACAAAUGGAAUGCCAAUUCUGGAUGAGUUUCCAUUGGUGCCUGUACAUGUAAAUGAUGAUAUUAGCUAUGGUGUAUUGGAUUGGCAGCGUCAUGGUGUUCGUAGAAUGAUCAGACACUACCUCAGCCUGGAUAGCAUUCUAUCCAAGGCAUUUGAGAUGGCCAGAUAUUACCACAUUCCCAUUGGAAAUCUUCCUGAUGACAUCUCAACUUUUGGAUCAGAUCUCUUCUUUUCCAGACAUCUUAGACGACACAACCAUCUCUUGUGGCUUUCCCCAACGUCUCGGCCUGAUCUGGGAGGGAAAGAGGCAGACGAUAAUCGUCUGGUGAUGGAAUUUGACGAGAGGUCAACAGUUGAGAUUAAUAACCCUGGGUGUUACUCUACAGUUUCCGUGGAGCUGGAUAUUCAAAGCUUGGCUGUGAAUACCAUCCUUCAGUCCCAUCACAUUAACGAUAUGGAGGGAGCAUCCAGUAUUGGUGUCAGCUUUGAUGUUAUCCAGCAAGCUUCGCUUGAAGAUAUGAUGGCUGGUAACCAGUCAGCUAAUGCACUUGCCAGCUAUGAUGAGGCAGCGUUGUGUUCCAACACAUUCAGAAUUUUGAAAAGUAUGGUUGUUGGCUGGGUGAAGGAGAUCACCCACUAUCAGAAUGUAUAUGCUGAUAACCAAGUGAUGCACUUUUACCGUUGGUUGCGAUCACCCUCAUCACUGCUGUAUGACCCGGCACUACACCGCAUUCUCCACAACAUGAUGAAGAAGCUAUUUUUGCAACUGGUAGCAGAGUUUAAAAGGUUGGGUUCAUCAGUGAUCUAUGCCAAUUUCAACCGUAUAAUGCUGUGCACCAAGAAGCGGCGGAUUGAGGAUUCAAUAGGAUAUGUGGAGUACAUCACAAAGAGCAUCCAUUCCCGUGAAAUUUUCCACUCCCUCUCCAUCUCGUUUUCUCACUGCUGGGAGUUUCUGCUUUGGAUGGACCCAGCCAAUUAUGGUGGCAUUAAGGGUAAACUUCCUUCCAGCAUUCUCAGUAGAGAGGUGGAGAAUAAUAAAGAAACAAAGGAGCAUGGUGAAGAUGACAGCAAUGAUUUUGAAGAGGUUCAUUCUGAAGUUGAGGAAGAUGGCACAGAUGUCGAAGAUCUUUUGGACAAUAACUGGCAUAUCAUGCAUUAUCUGCCACAAGCAUCCUCUUGUCAGAGCUACUUCCUCAUGAUUGUCUCAGCUUAUAUUGUAGCUGUGUAUCACAGCAUGAAGGAGGAAUUGAGACGCAAUGCCCCUGGGUGUACACCUAUCAAACGACGAGGAGCCAGCCAGAUCUCGCAGGAACUAGAAGGAGAAACUGGUGCUUCAGCAGGAAUGAUCACCUUCUCUCAGGAGUAUGUGUCUAAUGAGCUCACACAAAACUUUUUCACUAUCACUCAGAAGAUUCAGAAGAAAGUGAGCAGCAAUAGGCACUCCACUGAACCCUCCGAGAUGUUCCCAGUUCUGCCAGGCUCCUAUCUUCCAUUCAACAACCCAGCACUGGAAUUCAUCAAAUCAGUUUGUAAGAUACUGUCUCUGGAUUCGAACAUAACUAACCAGGUUAAUAAGUUGAAACGGGACCUUCUACGUCUAAUUGAUGUAGGGGAAUUCUCUGAAGAAGCUCAGUUUAAAGACCCCUGCAAGUCCUACAUACUACCUGAGAUUAUCUGCAAGAAUUGCAACUUCUGCCAUGACCUGGACCUUUGCAAAGAUCCUUCCAUCUUGCAGGAGGAUGGCACUGUAUUACCUAAGUGGUGCUGCUCUAAUUGCCAGACUGAAUAUGACUCGGAUUCCAUAGAAAUCGAAUUAGUAGAAGCACUGAAGAAGAAAAUGAUGGCUUAUACACUUCAGGAUUUGAUUUGUUCAAAAUGUAAAGGCAUCAAAGAAGCCAACAUGCCUAUUUACUGUAGUUGUGCCCGGGACUUCGAUUUGACCAUUUCUAUGAAGGGAUUUCUGGACCAAAUCCAGGUAUUCAGAAAUAUUGCCAGACACUACAGCAUGCCAUUCCUUUUGGAGACUGUUGAUUGGAUGUUUAGGAUGAAUACACACAUGAAGCCAUGAAGACCAAAGCAUUAACAAGAUGAACUAAUAUGAAUAAAGUUAUGACAACACUCAGUGUAUUUGAAGUUAACCUUUUCUACACUGAAAUACUUGUCUAAAUCUGUUUCGCUGAUCUCAGCAGAUGAGGCACAAUCUCAACAUUUCUCUAUUCUAAUGGAUGACCUGGUCUGAGUAGCAACCAGCUGAUUGGGAGGGUACAACUCAAGCAUAGCAAUUUCUGCCUACUGACAAAGUUACCCUCUUCACUGGAACUAUUGGAUGGUGAAGUGAGUUUCUUGAAAGAAUGAGCAUCAUUCAACUUCAAAUGCACCCUUGUUUAUUCAAGCUUGGAUCCUGGUAAAUAAUGCAGACUGAUGUUAAUAGACCUAUCCCUCAUUGUUAUAUUCAACUGGGUAGAAAGACUAGGUGGUUGGAAGAGACAUUAUUUUAUGGCACAGCCCCUAACGUUUGGGCAGAAUUUUUAAUUUUUUGCCAAGCUUUUUAAGAUAUGGUUGCUGGAAGCACUGUGCUAUCACUAAAGAGUACCCCAUUGGCGAGAAGAACAAUUAAUCCCUGUUAGUGGCAUAAUUUUUGCUGUUUUGUCUGGAUUGGCAUUUCAACCUAAGCAGCAUUUAUCAUUUAUGAACAAAUCAAAUGAAUCACUGGCUUUUGAAUUCAUUCUCUGGUUUCAGAUCCAUCAAUUUGCAGCUUAACCAGGUAUAUUUUACUUGGUCGUGUUUUCUUGGGACAAGAUAAUACCAAUAGAGAGUUUUGAAGGCAGAGUCCCUAUUCUUUGCAUAUUGAUGUAUUUAUUUCUUCUUGAUGUGUAAGCAGAGUCUCCCAGCUGUUUCUAUCUCUGUUUGAAUUCUUGAUAUUCAGAAGUGUCUGCAGAGAGCUAGUUGGAUAUAAAUAUAAUUAUAAAUAGUUUUUUUUAUUUAGGUUUGUUUACUGUAAAAAGUGCUGCAGUUGAUUGAAAUCAAAACUGUCCUUAUUACUGUAACGGAACUUUGUGCUGAAGUUGUGUGAAUAUUUUACAAUGUUUUACAGUGCAAUACAAAUAAAAUAUCAACAC